AUGUCCAGCACCGGCCUGAAUUUCAAUGCCACUCUUGGCUGCACGUUCAUUGGGAUCCUCUUCGAGAUUCUGCUGCAAGGCUUCUCGUGUGCGCAGACGCUGUACUACUUCCACGAGUACUGGUCAGACAACUUAUGGCUCCGAGCUCUGGUAGCCUUUCUGUGGUUGCUCGACACUGCACGCACAGCACUAGAUAUAGAGUACAUGUGGCUUUAUAUUGUUACGAAUCACGCAAAUCCCGCAGCUAUGGAAUUCAUACCAAUCACGUUUGCAAUCCAAUUUUUGCUUUCCUCCGUAACAGUUCUGGUUGUGCAGCUCUACUUCAUGCGAGCUAUCUGGCGCUUCCUCCCCGGAAACUGGUACCGCAUCCCGCUCAUAGGAUCCCUCGCUGUUAUUGUCCUGCUCUCUUUCGCCGGUGGUUGUGCCUCUGUCGGCGAAUUCAUGGGCAACUUGCAUUACGAGGCCGUCCUGGCCGGCUCUCGGGUGACUGCAUCGAUCCAGACCGUGACCGCGUUCGUCGCAGAUGUGUACAUCGCGGUUGCGCUGUCGGUCAUCCUAUACGGGAAGAAGACUGGGUUCUCCAACACGGACACGUUGGUCAGCAGGCUGGUCACGUACGCGAUCCACAGAGGGCUCUUCACCGCGCUCCUGCAAUUGCUUCACUUCGCUACGUACAUUGGCACGCUCAACCUUGGCUCUAGAGAGCUCAUCUGGUCGCUCUUCCACUUCCCGGCGAGCAAGGUCUACGUCAACUCCCUCUUAGCUCUGCUGAACGUGCGCCACUGGCUUCGCGAGGCGCACUACGCAGAAUCGGUACACCUGCACACCCUGCGAGGCGGCAUCAGGGUACAACGCACGGGUGAGCUCUGGGCUUCGAUGCUCCGCACGGACCCGGGUGUGCUCGUCACGACAGAGACACAGGUCAAGCAGGACGAGGAGGAACACCACGCCCCGCCGCCUCGCAGGUACGGCUGCAGAGCGAACCGGGACACGAACCGCGUUGCAUAG